UUUUCCCACGUUUGUUGGUUAUCAAGUAAUGUUAAACAUAGAUGAUGCAUUAUAAAACCAGUAGGGAUACCUGGCCAGCAUGCAGCACUGUAGGGGUGGAGCACAGUAAUUAGUCUCUCAUCUCUGAUUAGUCUAGAUGUUAAGGAGCCAUUCAGAGCCUAAGAUUGAACCACAGGCCUACAGUAAGUGGACAGACGGGUAAUCUGUGUCUCCUCACUCCUGUUGGGUAUUAGCGCUCCAAGAACAAGGCUUAAGCUGAAGGGUUUUGCAGGCAAACAACCUGCUUUUCAUUGUAGUGACCUGACAGCAAGACCACAGGAGAUAUGAGGUCGGUCUAUUUCUACCUGCUGAUUGGCACCUUCCUUCUUGCUCAGAGUGAAGCACUGCAGUGUUAUACCUGCAUGGGUGCCACAGAUGAAGACUGUAAUCGGCAGGGCUCCAAAACAUGUCCAAGCUUCUCAGAUGCAUGUGCUAUUGUCCGAGGACAUGGCAGUAAGUUUAAUGGUGGUGUUAUGAAGUCGUGCUCUUACAAAUCCUUCUGCAGUCAGGCUAACAGCCAGGGUUACAGAGCUCCAGGGGUGAAAGUUCAUUGCUGCUACUCUGAUGACUGUAAUGUUAAAGGACACGCCAACAGAAUGAGCACAGGGGUCAACUUCCUUCUGGGGCUUCUGCUAUUCGUCUGGCAUUUGCUGUCAAACUAAUUUGGCCAUAGAUGAACUGACCUGGCUGUUAAAGUUCAUUACCACUGUGGGACUUGACCGAACGCUGUAUACUCCAUGAUUUUAUUGUCAUAUUUAAAAUGAGUCAUGUAAAAAUUUACCACACCUACAUUUUUAGCAACUUGUUAAAAGCUGUGCAUGCAAUAUAAUGUUUAGUCAAACACAUAGAACCUUACAUGCACAGAUGUUGUGUCAUAUGUCUACAAUACAUGAGGCAAAUGUAUGGCGUUGUUUCAAUAGGAACUCAAAAAGCCAAAAGCCUUUUAUUCUGUAGGCCAAAUAAAUGUAAAUGAGAUCUAUUUAAGUAAGUUUUGGUGGUACAGAGUGAACAAGAACAUUAUGGGGCAGAUUCCCAGACAGGGUUUAGAUUAACACAGGACUAGGCCUUAGUUAUAUUACGACAUUUAAAUAGUUUUUACAAACAUACCUUACAAAAACAAUUGUGUGCAUCUUAAGAUGUUAAGAUAUGUCAGUACAAUAUGUUUUUUUUAUUAAAGCAGCUACAUGCAACUAAAACAUGUAUUUUAGUCUGGGAUAAGCCCUGUCCGGGAAACCUCCCCUUUAUCCCCUAUAUGAUUUAAUCUUUAUGAUACUCUGUGGAUGGAAAUGAAGACAUGGAAAAACAUACAGAAACACAAACUUGCUGGCUCUGUUUGUUUUUGUGCUUGACUGUAAAUAAACUGCUUUUUCUUUGU